AUUGGAAAUUCUUUCUCUCUAACCUUCAACGACAGUUGGAGUUUUUAUGCGCGGCUGGCUCUGAAUUGAUAUGAUUCUUCUCGAUCCCGAAGACCAGCAUGGAAAGUUGAACUCGUAUGUCGCUGGUCCGACUGUGCGCUUGCCCGACCGGGUGGCAGGUCGCUCAUCUUUCCUUCCCGACUAUGAAACAUCUCAGGCGCAACAUAAUCCUUCUGCUUCAUCUCCUACUUCCUCCAUUACUUCUUUCCGCAAAUACUCUCUGCACAACUCUGUCGACUCUCGUUUCUGGAGGGCUGCCCUUUAUGCUCUUGCCAUAUAUAUCGCCCUUUCUGUAACCAUUGGUGUCCCUUUGAUAGUAACGAAACUCACUCACAAGCACAAGAAUGGUCCACCACCGUGGGUUCAGGGCGCCAAUGAUGCUUCACUUUCUUCACCACUUGUGAUGAUCAAUUCGGGGCUUUUCUCCAUGUCGCAGUCAAUACGUUGCAAUAUGUGGAACUCAACUCAAUAUGAUGAGGAUGGACACUACUACUCUAGUUCGUCAUUUUCCCUUGACCCGUCAGGGUCCUUUUCCAUCCGUUCCAGCGCUUGGAUUACAGACGCAGAUAGUACCGAAACCCAAAUAUCUGCGUCGACCUCUUUAGAGAUUCGAGACCAAUGUAAUAUCUGCUUCUCGUCCAAUGAGAGUGACGGUGAUAGUCGAGGUUUAUCCUUAUAUAUUCCUACUAAUCUAACCGCCUAUCAAUCCAUAUCCUUCAACAUCACCCUUCUUUUCCCCCAAUCUUCCUCACCACUACAGCUCGAUAAUCUCGUCACUUAUCUUCCGAUGUUCAGUCAAUCCAUUGGCUCCAUCAGCCCUCAAGUCAUACUGGACAAACUUAAUCUCGAGGGUAUGCAGCAGGGAAUAAAUACUGGUGCCGUUUGGGCAAAUCAAAUUAGCGUGAAAAACCUUGUAGGACCAAUUGCAGGCUCAUACAACGCCACAAACAUUCUCAAGCUCGACACAGUUCAAGGCUCAAUAUCAGUCAAUCUGACCCUCGUGCAAGGGCCGAAUAGAAAAGAGCCCACUUUCUUUUCCCUUGACACCGGUGAAAGCGAAAUCAAUGCGGACAUUGUAUUACUUGCCCCUAUCCCCGCCACGGCCAAUCACAACAUCAAUUUUAUUGGUCAUGUCAAGAACUUUGACGGCCCAAUAACACUGAAUGUGACCCACGAUGAAUCAACUAUGCCUGUACCCCUCGACUUGCGCAUUCAGAAUAAUCAAGCUCCGUGCAACAUUUCACUGGAUUCCAAAUUUUCUGGCAAUUACGAUGUAUCUACGAAGCUGGCUACAGCUUCUGUUGACCUGGUCCCGGACCUACAUGAUUACACCGGCGAUGGACCAAGACAGAUGUUACCCGAAGUUGAUACGAUGAGUGUAAAGCAUGGUUGGGUUGGCUGGGGUUCUCAACCUGCCCAAUUCAAUCCGAGGCAACAAGGCCAAGUGGUGCUCGUAUCAUCGCUAAGCCCUGUGUCACUAUCGUUGGGUUCAUAACCAGGAUUUGCGAUGUUUAUUGUAACAACAGCUGUAGGUGCAGUAGAUGUGACACUGUACUAUAAAUUUUGCCUCACGGAAGUAAGCUACAAUCCUCAGUAAUAAUCCACUGCCAUCACGCGCGGAAAAUUUCUUGGUCCUAAUUUGGGUACGCAAAU